AUGUGGCGCAUAACAUGCAAUACGAACUCUCCAGCUCACUGUUACCCUUCCGAGGACUGCCCAACAGGCGGCAGUCACCGUCAAGCCAUGAACAGUCAUGCUCCACGCAUAUAUGCGGUCAGGGGCAACAACGGCCUAAGGGGGGAAAAGUAAGAUGCAUAGAGGCAAAGCUACAAAACAAUAAGCAGAUCUAUAAUGCCCACAAUGACAUCCUCAUUUAAGGUCUACUUCCUUAACGUAAAGGGCCUCAAUAGUCCUCACAAAAGACACCUAGCGAUCCAAGAAAUGAUAAAGUCCAAUGCAGCUAUAGUGUGUUUUCAAGAAACCCACGUAUGCACCCGCAAACCCCCACAAAUCUAAACUAAAAAGUACCCCCAAGCCUUCCAUGCCUAUUUCCCGAGUAAAUCUAAAGGGGUCUCCGUUUUCUUCCACACAGACUGGGUUUUCCAGGAAAACAAGAGAUUUACAGACUCAUUGGGCAGACUGUUAGUUUUUGUGGGAUCCCUGAACAGCUUUUUAGUCACCACUGUGUGUCUAUACGCCCCAAAUGAAGACCAAAUAACUUUUAUUUUUUUGGAGACUCAAUGAAGGGCUGUUGGAUACUGUCCCGGUGCUGACCGUGGUAACUAGGGAAGCCUCAGAGUACUUUAAAGAUAAUACCUCAGCUGAUAUCCCUAUUAGCAUGGUGUGGGUAGCACACAAAGCGGUGAUAAGAGGGGUGCUCAUUAGGGAGGGCUCAAAACGGAAGAAAAUCACAGCAGACACACACAACACACUAAUGAAGGAAUUAACAGAGUUAGAAGCACAGAAUAAAUUGAAACCAUCAAAAAUACUCACCAAACAUAUAGGGGAACUUCAGAGUGAGCUAUACUCUCUCUCCCUUAUCACAACUGAACGAUGGAUGAGGUCCCUGAAACUGACAUAUUACACUCAAGGUAAUAAGGCAGGAAGACUUCUAGCCAACAAGCUUAAGGCCAAACAACUCCAAUCUAAAAUCCCCUUUAUUAACUUACCCUGUACAACCCAGGGGACAUUGUCAAUGAACUAG